AUGGCGAUGAGCUCACCUGACCAAUUGGCGUUAUCUGGUGAUUCGAACUCGAAGAAAGCAAAAGGCGAAGCGUCGAUGAAACUCAUCGGGGAAACGGGUGUGUCUUCCGGUCUCUCCAUAGGCGUUAAGGGGAAAGCUGUUGCCUCCUCCGGUAGCAGAGGGAGAGCCGUUGUUGCUUGGUUUGAGUGCACAGCAACUAUUGAUGAUGUUGUGCACGGGUCUGGGUGGUAUUAUAUAGGCUGUGGUGUUUGCCAUACAAAGGCAAUCAAAGGGCCUACAACGCUAAUGUGUACAAAAUGUGGGGAGAGUGAAAUUGUUGGAGUGGCACAGUACCUGUCGAAGAUCUCCGUGUAUGACAAGAAAGACCAAGCCGUCUUUGUUCUCCUUGGUGAUGCUGGUCAGGAGUUGACUGGAAAGAAAGCGUCUGAGUUGGUAGAGAGCUAUUACGAGGCCAAUGAAAGUGUAGGCGCUGAUCACAUUGUUCCGAUGCCUCAAGCUUUGAUUGAUACCGUAGGGCAGACAAGGAAGUUCAUUGUCAAGGUUUCCAAACACAAUUUCACUGGCAGGAUCCAGACUUUCACUGUUACAAAGGUGUUACCUCUUGAAGACCAAGAGGCUGAUGCCAACAUAGGAGAAAACAUACAGCAGGGGCCUGUCAAUGAUAAAGAGGAUCGUGCUGAUGAGUCGUUGAAGAGGAAUUCUGAUGAGAUUGUAACAGGAGUAACCAAGCGUGCAAAAAGUGGCUAA